GACAGGUUCUCUUUAAACAGUGGGGUGUGGCUUGUACAGGAUAUGACAAACCGGAGAGAGAAAUGGUUGCUAAGGUAACAAGCCACGCUACAGGGCUUCUGUAGUUUCUUUCCUGAGCUCGAAAUGGGGGAGACUGAGAGUGGAGAAAACACCUACAGCAUCCGGCCCAACUUCCAGCACAAAUUUAAAAGUGCGCCAGUAAAGGACUGUAUACGAUCUGUGCUAAAAGAAGAGCUCAGUGACAAGCAGUAUGUGCCAGAAGAGGUCCCACAGCUCACACGAUUUUUGUCUGAGACAAUAAAGGACAGACUUAAAGACAUGGGGUUUGACAGGUAUAAAAUGGUGGUGCAAGUUGUGAUUGGUGAGCAGAGAGGUGAAGGAGUAAAGAUGGCUGCUAGAUGUUUUUGGGAUGCUGACACUGAUAAUUAUGCUGAAGAUGUUUUCAUGAAUGAAUACCUGUUCUGUGUUGUUGCUGCCUUUGGCUGCUUCUACUACUAAUAGAAGUAGAAGAAGAGAACAGCGUUAUUUUUUUUCUAAUUUGUUUUUUUGUUUUUUUUUUAGUGGAAAAAAAAGAUAUGAAAGAGAGAUGAAAGUGUUUUAUGUGAAAAUGUUGGCUUUUUUUCAAAAUAUGUAAAGGUUUUGUACAGUUAUUAUAAUAUAUUGAUGCAUUAAAAUACCUAAUAUGGUUAGAAUUCUGAA